CGGUCUACGUCUACGCGCUUUACGCAACCACCGCUGCUGUUUCGGCCUAGGCGGCGCCACGGGUGCAUUUAAAAGGUUAGAAAUGGCGGAGAACGCGCAAGGCGACCAGAGUUGGCGUACCCAGCCGUUUCGGCAAAAUGUCAGGGGCAAAAUUGAAGAAGCCAUUCGUCAAGCGGCGAACCCUCCCUUUCGGAGCGCGACGGAAAUGGAGAACCACGUAUUUCAAAAGGCCAGAUCCAAGGACGAGUACCUCUCGUACGUCGCGAGACUCAUCAUCCACGUCCGGGAAAUGAACUCGAAGAAGGCUCCCCAGGCUAACAUGGCGCCCAAUGGUGGGGUGAUGGGUGGCCCACCACAACAGGGUGGCGUAGCACCUCCAGGUGGCGCCGCGGGCGGCGGUGGACCCGGUGGCGUGGUGCCCACUGGUGCCGGCGGCCCGGGGGCUGGUGGCCAAGCCCCCACGGACCCCAUGAUGGCGCUUCGCUCCAUGGCCACGCAAGGUGGGGCCACUGCCGGGGGCGCGGGACCCCCCGUACAGCCGGCACCGGGCCAGCUCAUGGACGGCUCCCAGCAGCCCCAGGGCGGACCGGGGCUCAACCCACUCGCCAUGCAGCAGCCACGCUUGAUGCAGGUGGGCAGCAUGAUGAUGGCGUCUCAGGCUCAGCAAGGAGCUAUGCAAGGACAACUUCAGAAUCAGCUCCAAGGACAGCUCCAGGGUCAACUCCAAGGACAACUUCAAAAUCAGCUACAGGGGCAGUUGCAAAACCCGCUGCAGGGCCAACUCCAGGGUCAACUGCAGGGGCAGCUUCAGAACCCUCUGCAGGGCCAGCUCCAAGGGCAGUUGCAAGGUCAGCUCCAGGGUCAGCUGCAGGGCCAGCUACAGGGUCAACUUCAAGGUCAACUUCAAGGCCAGCUUCAAGGGCAGCUUCAGGGUCAGCUCCAAAGUCAGCUGCAGGGCCAGAUGAGACCCCAGCAGCCGCAGAUGAUGAACAACUGCGUGCCCAUCACCAUGCAAAAGCUGCGACCACAGGGCCCUGUGCCCAAUGUUUCAGUGGCACCACAGCAAGCAAGCACCGUGCCAAGCCAAUUUCAAAAUCAAGCACCUCCUACCUCGGUGGUGGCGUCGCAGCUGGCUGUACCCACUGUUGCUAGCGUAGCUCCUGUUUCGAGUCAAGGCCCUGGAAGUAAUCAGGGCGCUGUGCCAUCACCGGUCGGAGGGCCAUCUCUACCAAACAGUGUGCCAAGCCAGAUGGUGCAGUCUCCGGCUGGUGGCUAUGCUCCAAGCCCCUCGUCGUCGCAGGUGGUGCCUUCGCCUGCGGGAAGCUUUAUGGGCCGCACGCCUGGCACCGUGGGAGCUCCGUCGCCAGGCAGCACUUUGAGCACACCAGGUAAUGUCGGAGGUGCCACGCCCAGUCCUGCAGCACGUACCCAGACGGAUGACCAAGCAUACCUGGAGAAGCUGAAGCAGCUGUCUAAGUACAUCGACCCACUGCGAAGGAUGAUUGCGCGCAUCGACAAGGACGAAGAUCGUAAGAAAGAGCUCAGCAAAAUGAACAAUCUCCUCGAAAUCCUGUCGGAUCCCAACAAAAGGUGUCCGAUGGAAACUCUACUAAAAUGCGAGCAAGUGCUGGAGAGGCUCGAGCUGAAGGUGAAAUCGGCGGAAAGCUUUGUGAGUGGUGGUGGCGCCGUGGGCGUCGCUCCCGGUGUCGGUGGACGUCUUCAGGAGCAGAACAUCUGCCAGCCGCUACUGGACGCAGUGGCCAGCCACAUUAAAUCGCCCAUGUUCAACCACACAUUGAGCCGUGUGUUUGGCCCAGCCAUCACGACGCUGCUUGGCCCUUCUCCUAGGAGAGCUUGCAGCUCACCUGAGGUGCCCGCUAAGCGUCGGCGGCUUCCCGAAGAGACUGUGGAGAUCCCGGACCUGCUGCAGGGCGAAAUUGCACACCUAGACCAGCGUUUUAAGGUUCAGCUAGACCCGAGUCAGCACCUGGGAUCCCGCACGGUCCACCUCAUAUGUCAGCUAGAUGACAAGAACCUUCCCUGUGUUCCUCCAAUAACCGUGGCGGUGCCCGAAAAUUACCCGAGUCGACCACCCCAGUGCAAUGCUAGCCGAGAUCAGUACGAUUCGACGCAGUUUCUAAGAAACAUUCUUCACUCGUUAGACAUCCACCUCAACAAAAUGCCCGAGAAGUAUUCAGUCACAUCACUUCUGGACACAUGGGAGAUGUGUGUUCGCCAAGCCUGCUCCUUACCAGACACCAUGGUGACGGCUGGAAGAGAUUGAUGUAGACUUAUGCUUAAGUUGACCCACUUUCUCAGGACCUGAUAUCGAUCACCGUGAACACUGCCUGUCAGCGUGUCACCAGCGCACACGGCGUCAAAACGUCUUCAUUUUUUGUCUGGCUGGCCCACUUGUACCUUGAUUGUAAAUAUUGUUCAUUGUUGCAGAGACAAAAAUACAUCUUU